AGGUUUGGUUAUAAAGUCUCUUGCUAAGCUUGUUAUCUUUCAUUUAGGUUGAUACUGUUGCCUAUCACUUGUCUGUACUUAGACCUUUGUACCCAAAAGGCAUAAACCUCUUGUCACUCUUCACAGGGAUAGGCGGUGGAGAAGUGACACUUCACCGCCUCCAGAUUCCUAUGAAGCUAGUUGUAUCCGUUGAGAUUUCUGAAGUGAACAAGAACAUAUUCAGGAGUUUUUGGGAGCAGACAAAUCAAAGGGGCGUUCUGAUCGAGUUUACAGAUGUUGACGAACUAGACGAUCAAAAGAUAGAGAGACUUAUGGACCAGUAUGGUGGGUUUGACCUUGUUAUAGGCGGUAGCCCCUGUAACAAUCUAGCUGGAGCUAAUGGGUUAGUAGGAGCGGACUUGAAGGAGACCAGUCAUCACUGUUCUAUGACUACUGCCGGAUUCUAGAGGCGGUUCGCCGCAAAACCACAAGAAUGAGAAGGUAGAGUGUCUCUUGUGUAGAUGACUUUUUUUUUUUUGCAUGAGACUUGUAUGUUGCAGCUUCAAACCAUACUAAACCAGUAUGUUGAUUUGUCUUUUAUUAACAACCUUUGAUUAGACACGAAGUUGAAGAUUUUCAUUAAAAGAUAAAAUUAGAUUCAUUGUGAGUUAUGACAAAAGCGAUGACGUCUUUUACUCAAACAAAACAAGGCUUCCAAAUGUCAACUCCAAUACUUUCUUAACCAAUAGCGUCAACUUGAAGGCUUCCUUUUUUUUUUGUUUUUGUUUUUCUUCUCUUUUGGCCAACUCCUCUUUUCUUUGUUGUUUCCUUAUUGACUUGACCUUUCCCAAAGUAUGCAACUUUGUUCCUACCGUUAGGUGAAGCUUAAAGAGACCAUGUUCCUUCUCAGACCCAGGAGACUCAUCUUACUUGAGUUUACUCCUCCUCUGCCUCUUCCUUCUACUGAUACUACACAGCUUCUUCACAAUGCUUUUUGUUCAAAGGAUGUUCCAGGAGCACAUCAUCCGCAGAGGCCGGAGGUACAUUAGAAGGCUUAACUCUUGCCUUUUGAACUCAACGAUGCAGUCUUAUUGGGAUGAGAUUGAAAAUUUCAAGAAUAAGGUGUUUGAUAAACUGACUGAAAAAGAUAAAAAGGUGUUGGAGAUUGGUAUUGGGACAGGUCCUAAUAUGAGAUACUUCGCCGCUCGUAAUGUGAAUGUAACUCUUCUUGGGUUGGAUCCAAAUCCUAAAAUGAAGAAGUAUGCACGCAAAGCCGCUGUGAGAGCAGGAUUGAAUCCUAAAAACUUUAGAUUCAUGCAAGGAGUAGGAGAGGCUAUACCAUUAGAAGAUGGUUCUGUGGAUGCAGUCGUUGCAACACUUGUUCUAUGUACUGUUUCCGACGUCACUCAAACACUCAAUGAAAUCAAGCGAGUGCUGAGACCAGGAGGGCGUUUCAUCUUCUUAGAACAUGUUGCAGCAGAAGGUACAUUAAAUGGAUCUCUCUUCAGGCGUUUGCAGAAACUGUUGGAUCCAUUGCAGCAGAUAUUAGCAGAUGGAUGCCAUUUGACAAGAAACACGAGAGAGUGCAUCUUGGAAGCUGGUUUCAGCGGUGGUGCCCAAAUAGAGACGGUGUCGAUGUAUAGUUUCCCGUGGAUAACAAGACCUCAUAUCUAUGGAGUAGCUUACAAGUAAGACUAUACAUCAAGUAUCAGCUCUGCUCAAAUGUGCGAGGCUGUAGACGGGUUUUGAACUCUGAGAAAGCUAUGUUUGAUGUUGUUACUGAGUGUUGUUUGUUUCAUUAAAGAGAGAGACAGAUGCCAAUUUUAAUGAAAUUUCUUUAUAAGACAACAAGUCAUCAAUGUAGAACAUUAGAACAUCAUUAAUGGGGGAGACCCUAAUUAGGUUCUUAGAUACAUGUAUUAUAAAAGACAUUUCUUCUACC